CUAAUAUUAAUAUACAUAUAUUUAUGUAUAUCUGUUUAUUCAGUUAAGUCAAAGUGUUUGUUUAAAUACUUUGUUAUAAACAAAAGAUUUAAUUUAAUUAGGUACUAAAACAUUUCGCUUUGAUAACCCCUAAGUGAUCUUAUUUGAAAUUAGAAUAAAAUCUAAAUUAAUAAAGGUCUAAACAAACUUACUUUGCAAAAAUGAUAAUAGCUCAUUUGUUCUUUAAGCAGCUGUUGAACAAGACGUAAAAAUAAUGACAACGAAAAUUAUAUUGUGUACUUUAUUAAUAACCUGGUGUUUAGUGCAAUGGUCCCUAGCAAGACCCACUUCUAGCAAUGAGGAUUAUUUGAAAAAUCAUGAUUUAUGCCAUCAAAGAAACCAAUAUGCCGCCAUGGCUCCAGCUGAAAAGGACAGCAAAUUACCUGCCUCCGUACAAUUGCUGAAAAUGACUUUAUAUACCCUGCAGGAUAUAACCCUGACCUAUGCCACUAAAGCCAAAACUAUAAGUGAGCUCAUGCUUAAAGAUCCUGCACUCAAAGAAAACCAUUCGAACGAGGUAGAGGAAUUCCAAAAGAAAAUUGAACAGUUCCUUGAGAAAUAUUCCGCUUGCAGUGAUAUGCAAGAAUUAUUCAAAUUAGUGGAGUAUUAUUCUACUUUCUCUUCGCAUUACUAUGAAAUGGAGGAGAAAAAGAACUUAAGUGCUAAUGCUAAAGUUAUAUUAGAUGUUCUCAAGAAAUAUGGUUCCCAAGAAAUGGACGAUGAAUUUGCAAAGAGUUUCAAUGAGUUUGUUUCUAAUUUCUCUAAGAAAUUCGAUGAGUUGGAAGAGGAUUUGAAGGGCGAAAAGGGAACUGUAGGAGAUAAGAUUGUACAGUGGUGGAAUAGGGUAAAGAAUUUAAAGACCUACGAUGAGAAAAUGGAAGCAUUUGCCGAAUAUGUAAAAUUAUAUGAAGAAAAUUAAGGUUUAAGAAGAAGGAAUGUUAAAGAAAAGAAUAAAAAUUAUUUAAAAAA